CGCCGCGGCUGGAACGCUGGCUUCGGGGACCCAGCAGCGGACCGUCCGGCGCCCGGGACGUGCAAGCCGGGACCCCCAAGCAGGAUGACUUUGGGAAUCUUUGCAAAUUGUAUAUUCUGCUUGAAAGUCAAACACUUACCUCGCCAACAGAAGAAAAAGCUGCAAGCUGAUAUUAAAGAAAAUGGUGGAAAGUUUUCCUUUUUGUUAAAUCCUCAGUGCACACACGUAAUCUUAGACAAUGCUGACGUCGUCCUGAGUCGGGGUCAACUGAACUCCAUCCAAAAGAAUGAUGUCCAGAUUGCAAACCCAGAUUUCAUCUGGGACUCUGUCAAAGAGAGGAGACUAUUGGAUGUGAAGGAUUAUGAUCCCAAGUCACUGGCUACAAUGCCACCGCCAAGUGGAAGGAGCUGUGCUGAGGUGGAAACAGAAGAUGUGUCUUUGGACAACACCCCAGAAAAUGAGAACACCCAAGACACUCAGGUUUCUGCAGAGAAUGUUGAGAUUCCUCAUUUUCUUGAAGACUUUGAAGUUGUGAAAUAUAACAUCUUGGAAAAGGUGGGCAUGGAUGGAGGCCAGGAGAUCGUGGUGGUAGAGUUGCAGUGUUCCCGGGCCCCAGGGCACUGCCCCUUUGUGAUAUCGGCACACUUCCUGGCCGGCAGCGCGCAGACGAGAAGAGAGAGCGCCGGAAAGCAAACCUCUGAAGGUGCCAGUGAAUAUUAUGAGCGUUACAUUGAGGACCUGAAGAGCCGAGGAUUUCUGCUCCAAGACCACUUCACGGCUGAAGCAACACAGUUAGCAUCUGAAAAGCUGCAAGCGUUGCUUUUGGAGGAGGUCAUAAGUUCAGGCACUCUGAGCCAGGAGGUGAGCCGUUUGGUGGAGAUGGUCUGGGCAGAAGCUCUGGGACACCUGGAACACACACUUCUCAAGCCAGUAAACAGCAUAAGCCUGAAUGACGUGAGUAAAGCAGAGGGAAUUCUCCUUCUCGUAAAAUCAGCUCUGAAGAAUGGAGACACAGCAGAGAAACUGCAAAAGACGAUGGCCGAUUUCUACCGGCUGAUUCCUCACAAGCACCCGGCAUCAGAAGAAAUUGACCUGAGGUUGUUAGCUCAGAAAGAGGACCUUUGUCAGCUAAUAAGAGACAUGGUGAAUGUUUGUGAAACUAACUUAUCCAAACCCAACCCACCAUCUCUUGCCAAAUACCGAGCUUUGAGAUGCAAAAUUGAACAUGUUGAACAGAAUACUGAAGAAUUUUCCAGGGUGAGAAAAGAACUGUUGCAGAGCAAUCACGGUGAAAGUCCAGUAGAUGUCUUGCAGAUAUUUAGAGUUGGCAGAGUGAAUGAAGCCGCAGAGUUUUUAAGCAAACUGGGCAAUGUGCAGCCUUUAUUUCAUGGAUCUCAUGUACGGAACAUUCUUGGAAUCUUGUCCCGAGGGCUGCUUUUACCUAAAGUAGCUGAAGACCGCGGUGUGCAAAGAACAGAUGCUGGAAAUCUGGGGAGCGGGAUUUACUUCAGCGACUCACUCAGUACAAGCGUUAAGUACUCACACUCGGGAGAGACGGAUGGCUCCAGACUCCUGGUUAUCUGUGACGUUGCCCUGGGGAAGUGUAUGGACUUAUUCAAGAAGGACUUUUCUUUAACUGAGGCACCACCAGGCUAUGACAGUGUGCACGGAGUUUCAGAAAUGGCAUCUGUCCCUACAGACUUUGAGGAUGACGAAUUUGUUGUUUAUAAAACUAAUCAAGUUAAAAUGAAAUACAUUGUUAAAUUUUGCAUUCCUGGAGAUCAAGUAAAGAACUUCCAUCCUCAUGAAAAUGCUGAAUUAGAGGAACCCAGAGCUGAGCCUUCAAAUGUUUCAAAGGUUGAAGAUUUCCAGUUACCAGACAUCAAGCCCCUCACCAGCGUCAAAGCUGGCCUUCAGGAUGCAUCUGCAAAUUCUGUCCCUCUUGAAAGUGUUCACAUCAAAGGAAGAAUAAUAGACUUUGUAGCCCAGGUCGUUGUUUUUCAGACAUAUACAAAUCAAAGUCACGUGCCUAUUGAGGCAAAAUAUAUCUUUCCUUUGGAUGACAAGGCAGCCGUGUGUGGCUUCGAGGCAUUCAUCAACGGGAAGCACAUAGUAGGAGAGAUAAAGGAGAAGGAAGAAGCCCAGCAGGAAUACAGAGAGGCUAUCAGCCAAGGCCACGGUGCUUACUUGAUGGACCAGGACACUCCGGAUGUUUUCACUGUCAGUGUUGGAAACUUACCGCCUCAGGCGAAGGUUCUCAUCAAAAUUACCUACAUCACGGAACUCAGCAUCCAAAGCCCUGUGGCCAUCUUCUUUAUGCCUGCCACUGUGGCGCCCUGGCAACAGGACAAGGCUUUGAAUGAGAACCUUCAGGAUACAGUGGAGAAGGUCUGUAUAAAGGAAAUAGGGACAAAGCAAAGCUUCUCCCUGGCUAUGUCCAUUGAGAUGCCCUACAAGAUUGACUUCAUCUCCAGUGACACACACGAACUGAGACAAAAGAGUACGGACUGUAAAGCUGUGAUCAGCACUGUGGAGGGCAGCUCCCUAGACAAGAGUGGGUUUUCUCUCCACAUUGGUUUGCACGAUGCCUAUCUCCCAAGAAUGUGGGUUGAAAAACAUCCAGAAAAAGAAAGUGAGGCUUGCAUGCUCGUCUUUCAACCAGAUCUUGCGGCCACCCUUCCUGGCCUCCGUGAGAAGAACGAAGUGAUUAUUUGUCUUGACUGUUCCAGUUCCAUGGAGGGUGUGACAUUCGUGCAAGCCAAGCAAGUUGCCCUGUACGCUCUGUCUCUGGUGGGUAAAGAGCAAAAAGUGAAUGUUCUACAGUUUGGCACAGGUUACAAGGAGCUAUAUUCAUAUCCUAAGUACAUUACAAGCAAAAAAAAGGCCACAGAGUUCAUUAUGUCCGCAGCACCUACCAUGGGGAACACAGACUUCUGGAAAAUUCUCCGCUACUUAAGUCUCCUGUACCCAUCUGAAGGGUUACGGAACAUUCUCCUCAUAUCUGAUGGGCACCUCCAGAGUGAGAGUCUGACAUUGCAGCUUGUGAAAAGAAAUACCGAGCACACUAGACUGUUCACCUGUGCUGUUGGUUCUACAGCAAAUCAUCACAUCUUAAGGACCUUGUCUCAGUAUGGUGCUGGAGUAUUUGAAUAUUUUAACUCAAAAUCUAAACAGAGUUGGAAAAAACAGAUAGAAGCCCAGAUGAGCAGGACCCGGUCCCCGGGCUGCCACUCUGUCUCCGUCAAGUGGCAGCAGCUGGGCAGGGGCGCCCCCGAGCCUCUGCAGGCUCCAGUCCAGCUGCCUUCCUUGUUCCAUAACGACCGGCUCCUGGUCUACGGAUUCAUUCCUCAGUGCACACAGGCAACUCUGUGUGCGUUCAUCCAAGAGAAGGAAUUUUGUACAAUGGUGUCGACUACCGAGCUUCAGAAGACGACUGGGACUAUGAUUCACAAGCUGGCAGCUCGGGCCCUGAUCAGAGAUUAUGAAGACGGUGUUCUCCAUGACAAUGAAACCAAACACGAGAUGAAGAAAAAAAGCAUGAAAUCUCUGAUUAUUGAACUCAGUAAAGAAAAUUCUCUGAUUACACAAUUUACAAGCUUUGUGGCAGUUGAAAAAAGGGACGGUGAUGAGAUUCCUUUUGCUAAUGUCCCAAGUAUUUCAGAACUUGUUGCCAAAGAAGAUGUAGACUUUCUGCCAUAUGUGAGUUGGCAGGAAAAGCAGCCAGAGGCCAUCGUAGCACAGGCAGAAACUGAGUGUUCAGGACCAAUGCAAGAUGAAGUCAUCAAUGGCAGCAGACUGUUACAGGUGCCUGAAAUAAACAUGAAAUACCCUGCAGCUGGAGCUACAUCAAACAGUUUUUACUCAGCUGAGCCCUUUCCGGUCUCCUCUGAAGAGAAUGAGAAACAGCCACUGCUACAUUUUGCUAAAAAAUCUAAAAAAAAGCUAAAAAUAUGUCAUGUAGCACUUAAUGGCUCUCCUGAAGACUUGAUCCCAAAGCCAUGGUCGCAUGCAUCAGCAAGGUUUCCCAAGGUCCUCUCGCAAGGGGAAGACGUGGAACAGCCAUUGGGUGGGAAUCGCGUGGCGUCAAUGAAAAAACGGGGAUUUAAAAAACAGAUGGCGGCUCAGCCACGAAGAACGGUGCCUGCUUCCGUGGGUUUUUCUGCUCCUGCAGUCUCGGCUGGACGUCCCCCUCUCGCUGGUGGCCCCCAUCUUCUUCCCCGUCCCCUUCCCCCUCCCCCUCUCUCUGGUCCUACCCCUCUCUCUGGUUGCCUCCGUCUUCCUCCUCCUCCUCUCUCUGGUGGCAUUCCUCCUCCUCCUCCUCUCUCUGGUGGCAUCCCUCUUCCUCCCCCUCCCCCUCUCUCUGGUGGCAUCCCUCUUCCUCCCCCUCCCCCUCUCUCUGGUGGCAUCCCUCUUCCUCCCCCUCCCCCUCUCUUUGGUGGCAUCCCUCUUCCUCCCCCUCCCCCUCUCUCUGGUGGCAUCCCUCUUCCUCCCCCUCCCCCUCUCUUUGGUGGCAUCCCUCUUCCUCCCCCUCCCCCUCUCCUUUUUGGCAGCCAUCUUCCUCCUCCCCCCGGAGAAUUCAUCCCACCCAUACUGGGCUCACCUAAGUUCAGCCAAAGCCCUAAGCCUGUCGGAGGUACCAGCAUCUUCCAGGCCUCAGGAUCUUCUCCGGGGCAGCUCUUCGCAGGCCUUGGUGGUGUUACUACUCUCUCAGAUAGCGACUCUAGUUCAAAGGAUUUUGAUCUAGGGAAAGUUUCCCAACGCCCUCCCAAAGCCCCGGUGCCCGAUUCCCAUCAUGGGCCACAUUUUCUCACCUCCUUCAGGUCACCUCUUUGCAGUCCUCCUAAGGCACCUUCUGUCCCUCCUCUUCCCACCGAUGUUCUCAGCUCUGAGCUAAGUCCCUGUUCACCUGGUUUUCUAAGUUUCUCAGUCCCUCAGAGCUCUAAUUACAGAAAUGCAGAUACCAGAAUGGAUUCACUGGAAUCAGUUCACCCAUCAGCUGAUUAUAUCAGUGCUGCCUUGCUAGAUGGCAUUCUAGAAGAGGAUUUGCUUGCCUCACCCUGUGGAAGCUCUUUCGAAGCAGAAAUGGGUAAAGCAAGAGGGUAUAGACCAUGCCAUCGAAAGAUUUCAGAAAGGAUUGAGAAAUCUUCUGUAACAAGGGACGCCUCCCCAGAGGAAGAUGAGGAGUGGGUAGUCUGUGAAGGAAGCUCUCCUGCACCGUGGACUUCACUCUUUGCUCUACAAACCGAGGAUGGUUUUUGGAAACUGACACCAGAACUAGGACUUAUAUUAAAACUUAAUGUAAAUGUUCUAUGCAAUUUUCUUGAAGAAAAAGGCAUUCGAUCUCUAGGUACAAAAGGAAGAGACUGUCUCCUGGACCUGAUUGCCACGUUGCUGGUACUGCAGUUUCUUCAUUCCAAGUUGGAACAAGAAGGAAUGGUUGCCAAAUCGCUGAUAAAGAUGGAUGACACCUUCAUCUCCAGGAAUAUUCCAUGGGCUUUUGAGAACAUUAAGAAAGCAAGUGAAUGGGCCAGAAGAACAGAAGGGCAGUACCCAUCCAUCUGCCAACGGCUCGAGCUGGGUAAAGACUGGGAGUCAGUCACGAAGCAACUCCUGGGAAUUCAGCCCCAAGCCAACAGUUCUCUUUACCGAAUUCUACACUGCAAUCAAGGCUGAGCCCAGUGAAAUUGAAUUUUAAACAUUUCUCAUAUGUCUUUUUGUUGUUUUGUUUUUUAAGACAGAGUUUCUCUGUGUAGCCUGUCCUGG